UCCGCCAGUUCUCUUUCAGAGCAGGGCUCAGUUUCAUUGAAGUCAUUUCCGGCGUCGCUUUGCGCAGGCGUUGCCUUACUCUGUAGGGAGAUGGAUUCCUCUGUGGGAGCUGAGACUCCGGAGGCAAAGGAAGGCCCCCGGUCCCGACCCCAACUUCAGCCCGGGCCUCACUCUUCAGUGUGUCUCCUCGUGCUUGGGAUGGCGGGGUCCGGGAAGACGACCUUCGUACAGAGGCUCACGGGAUACCUUCACGGCCUGGGUUCACCGCCCUACGUGAUCAACUUGGAUCCUGCGGUGCACGAGGUCCCCUUCCCAGCCAAUAUUGAUAUUCGGGACACAGUGAAGUACAAGGAAGUCAUGAAACAAUAUGGACUUGGACCCAAUGGUGGCAUAGUGACCUCCCUUAAUCUCUUUGCUACCAGAUUUGAUCAGGUCAUGAAGUUUAUUGAGAAGUCCCAGAAUAUGUCUCAAUAUGUUUUGAUUGAUACACCUGGACAGAUUGAGGUGUUCACUUGGUCAGCUUCUGGUACAAUUAUCACUGAAGCCUUGGCUUCCUCCUUUCCAACAAUUGUCAUUUAUGUAAUGGAUACAUCUAGAAGCACCAAUCCUGUUACCUUCAUGUCCAACAUGUUGUAUGCAUGCAGUAUCCUGUAUAAAACCAAGUUGCCUUUCAUUGUGGUCAUGAACAAGACUGACAUCAUUGAUCACAGCUUUGCAGUGGAAUGGAUGCAGGAUUUUGAAACUUUCCAAGAUGCCUUAAAUCAAGAAACUACAUAUGUCAGUAAUCUGACUCGCUCUAUGAGUCUGGUGUUGGAUGAGUUUUAUAGUUCACUCAGAGUGGUGGGGGUGUCUGCUGUCCUGGGCACAGGCUUAGAAGAACUCUUUGUGCAAGUUUCUAGUGCCGUAGAAGAAUAUGAAAGGGAAUAUCGCCCUGAAUAUGAGCGUUUGAAGAAAACAUUGGCCCACACACAAAGCCAGCAGCAAAAAGAGCAACUGGACCGGCUUCGAAAAGACAUGGGGCCUGUGGCCUUGGAUCCUGGGGCUGCCGCAGACAAUUCAGCUUCUGCAGUGACUCCUUUUUCCCCCAAGGAUUAUUUGGAUAUUCAUAACAACAUUCACAGGCCAUACACAAUUAUUAAUUUGCAGAACUCAAGCAGUGGGAGGUUGUCGUACCUAGUUUUCAGCUCAUCAUGGCCUGUGGUUGCUUUAGGCAAAUGAUUUCAGUCUGUGGGCUAGAUGUUCCCUACCCUUGGCUUAGGCAAAUUCUUAGCAUCAAGACAUAGUGCAAUAGCUUAUUUAUCUUUCAGCUGCCACAACAAUAACUAUUUCAGGCUUUCUUUUUUUUUUUUUUUUACCAGUUUUAGAGGUGGAAGCUGAAAUUUGCCAUUUAUUGACUUUUCAUAGAUUCUGUAUCAAAGUCUAAAAGGUUCCCUUUCCUUAGGUUUCCAUCUAGAAUGAUGACUGGAUUCCUAUCCUGAAAUAUGGCCUUAGCUAACUCUAGGGUGAAAUAAUGAUUGCUCAGACUGGGAAGCGGAGGGUAGAAGGUUAUUUACUAAAUGAGAGAGAACUAAUAAACCUUUUGGGGGCAAGAUUUCAUUCACAAUUAAAGAUUUUACUCCUGUUAACCAUUUCUAUACCUGAAGCAAUUGACAUUUUAGUUCUUCCUUUACUUCUACUCUCAAGGACUUCACUAGUCUUUCUUAAUAGGGUAGAUUAUCCCUUGGGUCUCCCAGUUUCUCAGCUAUCACUUGGAAGUUCCUCAGCUUCUCAAAUUAAUUAUUUUUUCUUUAGCAAACUACUGAGCAAUUAUACCAUCUGUAAAAUAACUUAGGAAGAGUUUUUUCCCCCUAGCAGUAUGGCUUAGGAAGAAUUCUCCAAAAUGACUUUUCUUUCACAGGAUAGUUCUCAGAGAUCCCAUUUUGUAGUAGUCUGCAGUAGGAAGAUAAUUGCUUUCUUUUCAAAAGAUAAUUUUUUCAUCCUUUCUUCUAUCAAAAUAAGUGUCUACUUUUCAUUCAGACAGUUCCAAAGUUCAAUAUAAACCCUGCCAAACCCUUACCACACAGUUCCAUGGUCACUUCAGGCUCUUAGAGAUCUGAUUCUUAAGGCAUGGCCCAGUGCUGCCUCUGUGAAUGCUGCAAUGAUCUUGUUGCUUUGCUGCUAGUCCCUCCUCUUCUCUCAAGGGUUUAUGGAAUAUGGGAGGAGGGGAGAGUACAUUAAUCACUAUUAAAGAAGUGAGGUUUUUGCUGCAAGGUGAUAUUUGUGCUUCCU